ACUCGUUAUUAUAAUAAGAAAAAGAAAAAGAAAAAGAAAAAGUGAUCUCUCUCGCUUUGCCUCCCUUGCCUGCCGCCGACUACCAACUCGAGCCACAGACGACGCUGUAUAGCUUCUUUCAUUCUCUCUCGCUCUCUCUCUGUAAAUAUAUUACAUAUAUGGUAGGAGACAUGAGCGUUGCAGUUUCAACUCAAGAACCAGAGGUUGCAGAUACUAUGCCCACUGAUAUUCAGGAGAAAGUCGACAACCUGGUGUUAGACUCAGAGCCAUCCGAAUCUGCAAAAAAGAAGAAGAAGAAAAGUAAAAGCAAAAAGAAAAAGCAACCGCCACAGCAAACUGAUCCACCAACUAUUCCUGUUUCAGAACUUUUUCCUUCCGGAGAGUUUCCAGAAGGAGAAAUUCAACAAUACAAAGAUGAUAAUCUAUGGAGGACCACUUCAGAGGAAAAGAGGGAGUUAGAGCGUCUAGAAAAACCCAUAUAUGAUUCAGUACGUCAAGCAGCAGAAGUUCAUCGUCAGGUGCGGAAAUAUAUGAAGGGUAUUAUAAAGCCUGGAAUGCCAAUGACUGAGCUAUGUGAGACCUUAGAAAACACUGUUCGCAAGUUAAUAUCAGAGAAUGGAUUAGAAGCAGGCAUUGCAUUUCCUACAGGAUGCUCAUUGAACUGGGUUGCUGCCCACUGGACCCCAAAUUCUGGAGAUACCACUGUAUUGCAGUAUGAUGAUGUGAUGAAAUUGGAUUUUGGAACUCAUAUUAAUGGACGUAUAGUUGACUGUGCAUUUACCGUGGCAUUCAAUCCAAUGUUUAAUCCAUUGCUUGAGGCCUCACGGGAAGCCACAAAUACUGGGAUCAAGGAAUCAGGGAUCGAUGUUCGUCUUUGUGAUGUUGGUGCUGCAAUCCAAGAGGUCAUGGAAUCGUAUGAAGUAGAGAUCAAUGGAAAGGUGUUUCAAGUUAAGAGUAUCCGGAAUUUGAAUGGCCAUAGCAUUGGGCCUUACCAAAUUCAUGCUGGGAAGUCGGUUCCAAUCGUGAAAGGUGGUGAACAGACGAAAAUGGAAGAGGGUGAAUUCUAUGCUAUUGAAACUUUUGGAUCCACAGGCAAGGGCUAUGUCAGGGAGGAUUUGGAGUGCAGCCAUUAUAUGAAGAAUUUUGAUGUCGGGCACAUGCCGUUACGUUUGCCAAGAGCAAAACAACUUCUUGCGACAAUCAAUAAGAAUUUCUCCACAUUGGCAUUCUGUAGGCGUUAUUUAGACCGUCUUGGAGAGACCAAAUAUCUAAUGGCGCUGAAGAAUUUGUGUGAUGCUGGUAUUGUUCAGACAUAUCCACCUCUUUGUGAUGUUAAAGGAAGCUAUGUGUCUCAGUUUGAGCACACAAUCUUACUUCGGCCAACUUGCAAAGAGGUUGUAUCCAGAGGCGAUGACUACUGAUCUCAAUAUGUUGCCGAAGUCCAAACCCUUGCACUUGUAACAGCAUUUUUAAUUUAUAUCUUGCUUUUCCGAGCCAUCUUUCAGCCCCUUUGUGUAGCACAUAUGAAACGUUCUUAUCUAGUAAGCAGUUACUGUUUGUGCUAUUGUGAGUCCUCAAUGUUUUCUCCUCCUGACUUGACAAAACUGUUUGGCGUUUGCUUCUAGAGACAAAGCCCGGAAAUCAACACGAUCUGUUACAGCUGGGUAUUUAAUAUUUGUGAAGGUGUGCGGGUAAUGAUAUUUGGUAUUGGGUACUGUUUGAUUUUGA